AUGGCUUUCAAUCCCGACGAGGCUGCGAUUGUGGCCUUGCUGAAAAGAGAGAGAUUCUACCGCGAUACUUCGCAAUGGGACAAGUUGCGAAGUCAGUAUCAUCCAGAUGCCCAUGAGACAUAUAUCAACGUUUCAUGGUUUCAAGGCGAUGCAGACAAGUUUGUGGAACAAUCUCAAAAACGUCCGUCCACGAAUCAGGGCAUCGAAAUCGAUCACUUCAUCGAUCCGCACGUUAUUGAAAUUCGCGGCCACCGGGCCAUAAGCGACAGUGCCAUCUUUAUCAAACGACCCGCGGACUACAAGAACCACGAGUACGAGCUCGGCUCUCGAUUGAGAGCACUAAACCGUUUCCUCAAAGUCGCCGGAGAAUGGAAGAUUGUGUCUUUAGAGGUGAUUUACAUUCGAGACCGGCUGAUCAGCACAUCGCCCAACUCGCCGAAAGAGCCUAUUGUAUUAGACGACAGCCUGCUUGAAUUCCCAAGAGAGUAUAGGUGGAUGGCGUGGGUGAUGUUGAUGGAAGGAAAAAGGAAUCCCAAAAAGGACUUGCCACGAAAUGGAAACAUAGAGGAGGUACGGCAGAUGGUUGCGCGGAAUGAGAAGUUCUUGGAGGGAGGUUAG